UGACUUGCCAAUAUAUUGGCCAUGAAUAUUGUUAUUUCAAUUUUCUUUUCACAAUAAAGUAGAAUGCUUUGAAGUGCUAACACAACAAUAAACUAAACCUUAUUAUUCCCGAUAUGAAUCCCUUUUCAGCACCCCGUUCGGUUCUUUGUUCUAUUUCUAUUAGAAAAUUAUAAGAAACAUUAUCAGAUGAACACCAUGGGAUCUUAUGAGCAAUGAAAUUACUACAAUUUGCAAGAGGUUCUCUAUGGGACCAAAAAAUAGGAUUCCAACUAAGAGUAAACGCCAAAAUGUUCAUGAUUUUUUGAAUUGAUUCCUGCAUGACUGCAUCUACUUUCUGCAUUUUCAUUGCUCCAACUUUAUUCUCUUCUAUGGCCUUUAUUUACACAGUCUUGCACCUCUUGGUAUCACAAUCUUUCUCCACAUCUUCAGUUUCUGUUCCACCAAGGGCCAUGUGUGAAACAAAUUGGAGUCUGAAUAGCAUAUAUGUGUCUCUCUUAUUUCUUCUUUUCUUUCAUUGCUCUUCUUCCCAAAGGACCUGCUCAAACUGUGGCUCCCUAAAAGUUCCAUAUCCCUUGAGCACGAAUAGUAACUGUGGUGAUCCCAAAUAUGCUCUUCGUUGUGAUCCUGACUCUCAAAAGCUAUACUUUGAUUCCCUCAAUGGAAGUUCAUAUCACGUUCUCAAAAUCAUGCCCUCUAUCCAGCGCAUGGUGGUGCAGUCAUCGCCCUGGCUUCCAGACACCUGCAUCACUAAAGACAUGGUAGACAGUGAGGGACUAUGGUUGAACCAGUCACUUCCCUUUAAUGUCACUUCAUCCAACACUAUCUUCCUAUUCAAUUGUUCGCCUCGACUCUUGGUCUCUCCUCUCAAUUGCACUCCUUCUAGUCUUUGCCAUAGAUACCUUGAGAGCUCUGGACACGUUGAUGCAAGGCGCGCCUUUCAGUGUUCGAGUGGACUGUAUCCAUGUUGCACUUUUGUUGCCGGUGGCAUGCCAUCAGCAUACAAGAUUCGGCUGCACGCUUCAGGAUGUAAGGCAUUUAGAAGCAUUAUUCACUUGGAUAAUGGAAAACCAGCUAGUCAGUGGGAGGAGGGAUUGGAAAUUCAAUGGUCUCCCCCACCUGAGCCACUCUGUACAUCCCAAUCCGAUUGCUUGGGUCCUUCUACAUGUUCAGCCACCGGUAAAAAGGGUAUUUAUCGUUGCCUUUGUCAUGUGGGCUAUCACUGGGACCCCAGUCUCGGAACUUGUUCGAAAGGAAAUAAGGAAAAUUCCAACUUCAGCCUCACAUUGAAGGUGUCUAUUGGGGUGGCUUCAUUUUUAGUGUUGGUUGCAGUAUUAAUUGCUAUGACACUAAUUAUAAGAUCCCGCAGACUUUCUUACCAGAAAAAGCUAGCCAAGGAAAGAGAAGAUAUGUUAAAAUCAAGCAGUGGUGGGAAAUAUGCAAGGAUGUUUAGUCUUAGAGAGAUCAAGAAAGCUACAAAUGGAUUCUCUAAAGAAAGGAUUUUAGGGAGUGGUGGUUUUGGAGAGGUCUAUAAGGGAGAACUUCAAGAUGGAACUACUGUGGCGAUAAAGUCCGCUAAAGUAGGAAAUGUAAAGAGUACCCAACAAGUAAUCAAUGAAGUUGGGAUACUCUCUCAAGUCAAUCACAAGAACCUGGUACAGCUCUUAGGGUGUUGCGUUGAAGCUGAACUUCCAUUGAUGAUUUAUGAGUAUGUUUCUAAUGGAACCCUCCAUGACCAUUUGCACGGUAAGUACCCAAACUUUCUUGACUGGAAAACAAGGUUAAGAAUUGCUCUACAAACUGGAGAAGCAUUAGCUUAUCUGCACUCGGCUGCUUAUACUCCCAUAUAUCAUAGGGAUGUCAAGUCAACAAACAUACUCCUGGACGAUAAGUUCAAUGCAAAAGUUGCAGAUUUUGGGAUAUCAAGACUGGCUUCCCCAGGGUUAAGCCAUGUGUCAACUUGUGCCCAGGGAACAAUGGGGUACUUGGACCCCGAAUACUAUCGUAACUACCAGUUAACUGAUAAAAGUGAUGUUUACAGUUAUGGGGUUGUGUUAUUGGAACUUCUGACUUCCCAGAAGGUUAUUGAUUUCUCACGUGAUCAAGAUGAUGUAAAUUUAGCCAUGUAUGUGAGACAGCGAGUUAGCAGCAGUUCACUAAUGGAAGUUUUGGAUCAAUGCUUGUUGGGUGAGGAGCCUUCUGAUAAGAAAAUAGCAAGUUUGAAGAUCUUUUCUGAGCUUGCGCUUGCAUGUUUAAGGGAGAAGAAGGAGGAAAGACCGAGCAUGAAGGAUAUUGUUCGAGAACUUCAAUUUAUGACCAAUAUGAUGUGUGAAGAAGAUCAGGAUUCUGAUGGGGCAUGCAUUGCUGUAUGAAUUCACAUUAAUACUUCUUUGCUUGAUAAAGAGUGAUAUGUGAUUAAAUUAAAUAAUGCAGGUAAUCUUAGAUGAUUAAUGAAGUUGAAAGGGUGUGGAUUUGGUGUUAAAAAUGUAAUAGGAGUGGUUCCAGAAGGGCAUUGAUGUGUUGUUCACUUAUUCUUAUAGGAGCUAUAAAGAAUUGAGAACUAGGUAUUAGUGGGUGGAAAUAAAGAUCAAAAGGGAUUAUAAUUAGAUGCUUUGUAUAUAAAGUAUGAUGAAUUUCCAAAUUUGUGAAAGUGAAGAACCAAAUAGUAUACUGAACUAGGACGAAGUAUAAGAAAGUAGAUCAGCUUUAAGAAGUGGCCAAAGCAUUUGAGAAAAAGUUCUAUAUAUCACUGGAGUUGUUAAAAAGUAGAAGAGCAUCAGUUGUUUUGCUAAACAUUUGCUUUUCCUUCUGGAAGAAUAUUUCUUUUCUCCUUUCCGUCCACCUCUCAAGUGAGUGUACGAGGACAUUUGAGAAUGGCAAUUUCACGAUGCACAAGGGAAGAAUACAAAAUAAAGGUUUCAUAUAAUGUUCUAUUAACAAACAGUAAUAAGUUUUGCAACUAUUAACCAGAUAAACAGCUAUGAAAUGCCAAUUAGAACAUUCAAGUAACAAAAGCAUGUCUGAAUAUGCAUGUAAAACAAUGAAAGCGAGCUUUAAUAAUGGAAUACUUUUUUUAUGUAUCCCUAUCCAAAUAUGCUCCAUUUAAACUGAAGAGAUAAAGUAGAAUUUAAACUGCACUUAGAAUACCUUGAUAUAUUAUAAAUUGUUAGUGGUUUCCAUAUCUCAACACGUGUCUAAUCUCUUCAAGAUCUUUGUGGAGAAAUUCCAUAUGAUUGGAAGAAAAAGUCGAAAGUAGUAAAGCUAUUAAGAUUCAUCUCAACCAGUUGUGGACAAAACCUGAAUAACAUGAGAGAAGAAUAGGGGUCCUAACUCUUGUCUGGAAAAAUUUUAUCAGACCUUUGAGUAUUCGGGAAUUAUCCCCGUAUGUUCUCCAGAUGAAGUGGAAAUCAGUCGGCCACAUUCAGCAUAGCUGUAUCAAACCACUGGGUUGGUAAAAGUAAAUUUCAAAAGGGAGAAAGACAGAAAGGGUUCAAAGGAACCAUGCAAGUGAAAAAGUAACAAGUUAUACAAUGAAAGCAAUACAUACAAAACUCAGCAAGAUAUAUAAAAAAAUUCAGUAUUAGUUAAUUUUGAAUAAAGAAAAGAACAAUGCAAAAUGACAACAUUAUCAUUUUCAGCUGUGCUAGUAGGGGUAUGAUCUAAAAAGGACAGGAUAUUAAGGGCUUGUUUGAGCCACAAUAUUUUCAAAAAAAUACAUUCUUCAUCAGUGAUUUGACAUCAUUUCAACCACAUAUUCUUCAAUAAAAUAAUAUUACACGCA